GAAUCAUUCUAAUAUCGCCAUAUUGAUUGUUCUCAUGUUUGAACGCUGUCUGCAUUUUAAGCGUCUCUUUUAACAUUUUACCUCGUUUAAUAUAUUGUUUUUAAUAUCCCUACGGUAAGAUAAUUUGAUUUCCUAUUAUAUCUGUAGUUGAUCGAAAGCUAAAGACUAUAUAGUACUGUUAGAUUAUAUGUCGUUUUCAAAAAGAACAUCAAAGUUCCCUAGAAAAUGUACAAGUUGUGAGUCAUCGUACAAGUGUAUAUUAUUGAUUUUGUACGUGCAGACACGCUUCAUUGUUCAAAGAUGCUUUGUGACAUUAUGAUGAUCAACUUUCCCCCAUGCUGAUUUUCAUUUGAAUCGCAAGUUUUUUAAUGAUCUGUUUUUAGUAAUGAUUUGCAGACCCUAUUAAGCCUUUUAUUUAUAUGACCUACGCAAUAUUUAUUCAAGUUUCGACACAAUAUAUUUAUAAUAUUGUUUGUUUCAGGGAGGAGCAGAAUUUUAAAAUAAAUGAGUCAGAGAAAUUCGAAAUUACCCGGGCCAGGUUCCAAAUUAGCCCGACCAGUUAAGGCACAAGGCGCUUUUGAGAAGAGUGUUAGAGCCGCAGGCGUACCAAAUAAACUAUUGGCAAAGUAUGAGAAUGACGUCUUAGAAAGUUUGCCUGAACCUGCAAUUGCAGAUCCACAAGCGCAAGUACCGGAUUUUUCUGAUAACUCUUUUGAAGAUUUAAAGGUUGGAGAUCGUGUUAUCACUACUAAAGGAAAAAAAGGACAAAUCGCUUAUAUUGGCGAGACUAGCUUUGCAAAAGGUCUCUUAGUUGGACUAGUUUUAGAUGAAUGUUAUGGAAAUCAUGAUGGAAUGUAUAAUGGUAUUCGAUAUUUUCAAUGUGAUCCAAACAGAGGAACUUUUGUUAGAGCCGACAGGGUGAGGAAGCUUCCUAGUCAAGAGUUUAAUGCAAACUCGAAACCCAUUUCUAGUCUCAGUUCAAGUAGUGCCACACCACCCUUAGAGAAAACCACACCCACGGAUUCAGUGCUUCCCGCCCCGCCGUCCUCAUUAGACUAUGGUAUAGGAGAUCGAGUUAUUGUUUCUGGAACAAAACAUGGAACAGUUCGUUUCAUUGGCCUCACUCAAUUUUCUGAUGGAACUUGGAUAGGCGUGGAAUUGGAUCAACCGUUAGGAAAAAACAAUGGAGUAGUGAAAGGACAAAGAUAUUUCAUGUGCGAACCAGAUCAUGGACUAUUUGCAAAACCAGGAAAUGUUAUGAAAGAACCACCCAUGCAAUCCAGAAAAACUCCAAUAAUGCCGUAUGGAGGAAGAAAAAUGUCUCGAGAUCUGUCAGGAAGUAUGGAGAGUAUAUCCUCUAUCGGUUCAUCGGUUUGUUCCAGUGUGUCCCGAUCUAGGGUAAGAUUGGGUGUUGGUGCUAUUCAGACGAAGAAGACCAAUUCAAGACCAUCAAUGAAUUCUGUAUCAGUUACAACAUUACAAAAAGCUAUUAAAGAAAAAGAGCAACACAUCACCCAGUUAUUAAAAGAGAGAGAUGACGAUAGAGCUGAGAUCGCUUCUGCUUAUAAUAAACAGGAUGAGGCUGAAUGCUAUGUACAAGACUUAAAAAAAGAAUUUAAUAUAAUACACGAUGAGAACAUGGAAUUAAAACAAACACUUCAAAAAUUAGAAAAUGAUCUGUUGGCAAUGACAGAUCAGUUAGACGACGAAAGAAGAAAAGUUGAAGAAUUGGAAUUUGCAAAGGAGGAGGGAACGAUCGAGAAAGAAGAAUUACAGAGUAAGAAAAUUGAAGAAGAUCAACGUUAUAUCCAAUUACUUAACGAAAAAGAUGCAGCUUUAAAAGAGCUAAAUGAGAUUAAGAGGGGAAAUAUCAUAGAAACGAAAGAUAAUAAGGAAUUGUUGAAGCAACUUGAGGAGGCACAAACGAAAUGUGAAGAAUAUAACAAAACUAAAGAGAUUGCUUUAACUGAAAUGAUGGAAAUUAAACAAAAAUUGGCUUACAUGGAAUUAGACAAGAAGCAGAGAGACGAAAGUUUCAAGGAGUCAAUUUUUGAACGGGAGGCUGCAAUGGAAAAAGUUUUAAGACUUGAGACUGAAUUAUCUUCCCUGAAGAUUGAAAAAGAUAAUGAAAAUAAAAAGCUUAAGGAAUUUCUUGAAGAGAAAAAUACAGCUGAAAAAGAAUAUUUGGAUAAAAUAUCACUCCUGGAAGAGAAUCAGAAAUCUAUUAGUGAUUCUGUACGGAAAGAACAAUUAGAAAAGCAAACAGCUGCUAACAACGUGAAAGAUCUUAUGGAUGAAAUUGGAAUAUUGAAAGAAGAUCAAAAAGCAAAAGAAGAGCUGCUACAGAACGCAGUGGCUGAAAAAGAAAAAGUACUGUACGAAAUAAAUGACAUGAAGCAGUUAGUUGAAUCGCAAAGGCAAGCCGUUGAAGAAAGUUUGCAAAACGCUUUAUCCGAAAAUGAAAUUCUUAAACGUCAACUACUCGAACUGGAAAAUAGCUUGAAAAAGGAUAAAGAGGUUGCAGUAGAGAGUCGACAACAAACUCUUUCUGAAAAUGAAAAUCUUAAACAAGAAUUGCUUGCACUGGAGAAAAAAUUAACAACACAAAAAGAAUCUAUUGAGGUUGACCUCAAAAAUUCACAUUUUGAAAAUGAAAAUCUUAAACAAGACUUAUUAAAAAGCAAUAACAAACUUAAAUCACUGGAGGAAGAACAGGAAAAGCGUAUAAAACAAUUAGUUUUGGAAAAACAAAACAUCGCCGACGAUCUAGGCAAUAUGACUAAAAGAGUAGAAAAUUAUGAAAAGAACUUGAGCUCGGAUGGGGAACGUAUGAAGGAAAUUAUAUCGGAGAAGGAAAAUGUUAUGAGAGAAAUAAGGCAACUAAAGAAUACACUGAGUGCAGAUAAAGAACAAUAUGAUAAAAAAUUGAAAGACACUAUUGCGGAGAAAGACAGAACUAUUUCGGAAUUAACUGAAGCUGAAAAGCAAAUAAGCCAACUGAACAGGAGAUUGAAAGCUGUUAGUUUGAAGGAAUAUAUUGAGAAUUUGGAUUAUUUCUUUUCUUUAUCUUUUAAAACUGACGAAGCAGAGGUUGAAUCUUUUCGAUUGGCUGUCCAAGAAUACAUAGAUGGAAAACUUAAGUCAGUCAAACAGGAAUCUGUGAAAAAGGAAAAUGGAUUCAGAAACGAUUUGGAGGAGAAAAUUUCCACUUUAGAGAAUACGAUUCAAGAAUUGAAACAUUCAAAAGCCAGCACAGCCAAACAGUUUGAAGACUGCAAAUCCGAAAAAGAAGAUUUAAUAAAAUCUUUGGAACAGAAACUACUGGACUUGGAAAAUGUCUCCAAAUGUAAAGAUCAAGAAAUACAAUUAUUACAGCAGCUAAAACGAGACAAUGAAUCUAAAAUCAACAAUUUGCUUACUGAUAAAGAAAACUCAGAGGAUAAAAUUAAUGGGAAAGUUGACCAACUGAAAGACAGUCUUAAGAAAGAACUACAGGAAAAAUCAUCUCUGGAGACUAAAGUUCAGGAUUUGGAACAAACUUUAGAUCUAGAAAAGAAAAAUAAAUACAAUUUGGAAGAUGAGAUAAUUAAGUUGAAGGAGAAUAUGGAUAAUCUGAUUUUCAAACAUGACGAAGCCGUUAAUGAUAUGCAAAUACAAGUGGGUCAGCAAGAAGAAGCUUAUAACCAACUAGAAAAACGUUAUACAAAUGUUCAGACACAUUUAAACGAAUUAAUGAAAAAUGAUGCUUUGAAAGCUCACGCAAAUGAUAAUUUAGAAUGCACUAUAAAAGACCUUAAAACGGAAAUAGCAGAUUUAAAGCAAAAAUUGGCUAUAGUCUCUACCGAAAAACAGGAAAGGGAUGCUGAAGUUACGAACCUAUUUUAUUGUCUUGACUAUCUAGUUUUGGUGCUCAGAAACGAAGGGCAAGCAACCUCAUCGGAUAUUUUGAAUCCCGGUGCCACUCAGCAAAUCGAUGAUUUGCUGAAAAAGUGCCAUGAGCUAGAGAGUGAAGUGUUUGAAAAAGAUGAGUUAUUAAUAAACCUGCAGAAACAAAUAGAAGAUUUAACUAAACACACUACUAAUGUAUCGGGCAAUAAUUCUCAAAUAGAGGAACUGCGUAAAAAAACAGUCGAGCAAUCUAAUCAAAUUGAUUUGUUAUCUGGGGAAAAAGCUCGCCUACAAGCGACCAGUGACUUGAACUUUGAGUUGAAAGAAGACCUCCACCGACGAGUAACUCAGAUUACUUCUGAGCUGGAAAAAAUAAAGAACGAGAAAGCUGUACUAAAACAAGAUUUCGAGUCUAAGAUAGCUCAGCAAGCGGAGGAAUUAAAAUCCCAUAGAAAUAGAAGUUCACCUGCUAAGGAAAGAGAUAGGAACGAUAAUAGCUCACAGGUUAAGGCCGAACUGGAUUUCCAAAAGACAAUAAUUGCAGAUCAACAAAAACAGAUACUUGAAUUACAAAGGCAAAUUGACAUCUUAAAAACUGGAGAUGAAUCUGACGAUCCUUUAGAACAAGAUCCUAUUACAAUAAAACGCAGAGCAAGGUUAUAUUGUGACAUUUGCGAAGAAUUCGAUAAUCAUAACACAGAAGAUUGUCCACUGAAUGAUUCGCAAACUUUUUGA